AUGGCCCCAGACACUGAUGAUGACCUAUUCCUCCUGAUCGAUGGUUAUGACGUCCAAUUACAGCUCGGACCCGAAGUAUUGAUACAGCGCUACUUCAAAGUAGUCGCAGCUGAAGACGAGCGCAUCAUUCAGCAGCUCGGGCCUGCCCUAGCCGAAGAGGUUGCCGGGCCUUUAGGGCGACACGUUGUUUUCGGCGCCGAUAAGGUAUGUUGGCCUACAGACCAGAGGCGGCCAGGCUGCUGGGCCAUCCCGCCGGUUCCAGGCAUGGAUGACCGAAUGUUCGGACCCCUGACUGAGUCGGGCGACAUGGCCUUCCUCCGUCCACGCUGGCUGAACAGCGGCACGAUCAUGGGCCCGGUGAAGGAGGUUCGCAGCCUCUUUCGAGCCACUCUUGCGCACAUCAAUGCUACUUACAGGCCAGAUUAUGAGUUUCGCGAGAGCGAUCAGUUCUACAUGACCGAAGUCUGGGGGCUUCAGGAACUUGGCCGCAUCAACGCACAGCUGGAAAAGGACCCAGAAGCGAAGCAUCCGAGUCAUGUUGACGAUGCCUUUUGGCCCAAGCCCGGGCCCGAGUCCAAUCAUCACAUCGCUAUCGACUACUGGAGCAAUCUCUUCCAGACAUGGGCCGGCUACACUGAAUACGUGGACUGGCGCACGUUUGAUAGACCCGGUCACGCCUUUACCGUGGACCAGAACGUUCGGGCCGAGGUCACAUUCAGACCAUGGGACCUUCACCUUGCCGGAGACGCCAUGCGUGCAAUCCACCGCAUAUUCGCCUCUACAAAACGCUCUACCCUCAUGGGAAAGACGUCAGACAAGCUCAUUCUCGAGUCGCAGUUUGGCUCUAACAUCAUCACGAAGACGACAUUGCCAAUUUAUCACUGCACAGGCGCCAAGGAUGCGCUGGAGACAUUUUGGCCGCGCAUGUGGUUCUUCCCAUACAUCAGAACUCUUAUGAGAUCGGCCAUCGCUUCUUGCAGAGCUGGCGAGGCGUACACGCCGCAGCCUGUCGAUGGUAGGAUGUGGUACCCAACGCUACCGUAUCCGGAGGAUAUUCGCCUCGACGACGCGGGCGCGUGGUCAGACGGCAGCGCUGACUCAGGAGAAGUGGAGUGGCUCUCAUUUGAGACGCUAUGCAGACCGUUUGAGGAGGACAUAUUUGGAUGAUCUCGUCCGACAUGGCACGAUUGUCAAUCAAACAUGAAUUAUGAUGUGCAUCAUGGCCCUUUCGACGUCAGGAAAGCUGUCAGAAUUUGCACAUGGAUCAUGUUCAACAUUGACAGGUCCGUCUAAUGCGGCCGCUGUUCCGAAAGCGGAAGCCGCUGUUCUCAUCAAAUCCACGACUUUCCCACUAGUGCAACGCUUACACCACGCCGUAAACCCUCGUGGUUCAGCCCGCCAUUCGUCGCCCUUGGGAAUUGCCCCUGCUGACCUGUCCACUCUCCAGCCAGGGAUACAUGUACUUCCAAUAGCUUCCCCCUUUUCCCCUUGCGUGAAAACGAGCCUUCUGGAGUCCUGCAC